UGAAGGUGUUGGUGUUUACCCUCGUGACGUCACUUCCCCCACGCCCGACCACCAAACCUUCCCCCAGCACUCACCCUUCUCCCGUGUUACCAUUGAUUUUACUCCACACAGCACGCUGCAGCAUGGACGCCACGCGGAGGCACUUCAUUAACCAGCUGCCGGACUACACUGGUGGGGAUGUCACUGUGAAGAACCCCGAGCUGCUGACGAGGCGUGUGCUGGACUACGUGAAGGACAUCAGCACCAAAUGGGACAAAAAGGCAAGGAACUGUGAUGGAGGACUGUAUGUUGGGCUGACAGGCGCUGUCUACACCUAUGAGCGAUUGGCAGGUGUGACCCAGCUGGCCCCAGAGAGGGAUCGCCUGCUGGAGCUGGCCAGGGACCUCCUUCCAGUAAUCAAUCACCACCUCAGCAACCACAGGCUUGAGGUAGCUGCCUUCAUUCUAGGAAAUGCGGGCACAUAUGCUGUCAGUGCUGUUGUCAGUAAAGAGCUUGGCAACAUGGAGGAGAGCAAAGCCUAUCUGGACAAGUUCACUGCCCUGGCCCCAAUACUGAUACCUGUCGACUGGCUCUCAUGUGGUGGUGAUGAGUUCCUGGUGGGCCGGGCAGGCUACCUUGCAGGUGUUCUCUGGCUCAGAGCUAAGUUGGGUGGAAAGAUUCUUGAGGAUGAGCAUCUGUUUGCCAUCUUGGACUGCAUGGUUGAGUCUGGCCAGAAGUAUUCAAAGGCUCACAAUAGUUGUGUGCCCCUCAUGUACCAGUACUAUGAAACUGAGUAUUUGGGGGCUGCACAUGGGGUGUCGGGCAUUCUGACCAUGCUGCUGUGUUUUCCAGAAUGGCUUUCCAGACGUCCAGAGUUCAAACUGUUGAUUAAGAAGGCUCUGGAUGCUCUUGUAGCCUUGCAGCAACCUAAUGGCAACUUUCCAGCAUCCAUGGAUGAGGUUGGGGUGAGCAGAGGGCGGAGAAGGGAUGAGUUGGUCCACUGGUGUCAUGGGGCCCCAGGGUUUGUGUAUAUGCUGGCCAAGGGUUACAUGGUUUUUGAAGACAAGAAGUACUUGGACUCUGCUUUAAGGUGUGGAGAAGUUACUUGGGAGAAAGGCUUGUUGACCAAAGGACCAGGUAUCUGUCAUGGUGUGGCUGGCUCUGGGUACGUGUUCUUAACCCUCUACAGACUGACCCAAGACCCAAAACACCUGCACCGAGCCAUACAGUUUUACCACUUCAUCAACACUGAGGAAUUCAAGCAGGCACGCACCCCUGACAACCCAUACAGCCUGUUUGAGGGUGUGGGAGGCACCGUUUGCUUUGUUGCUGAUCUCCUGAAUCCUAUGAAGGCAUCUUUCCCUCUUUUUGAUAUCUUUUAAUACUUCACUACUCUGAUUGAUGAGUUUGAUGUCAAGUGUGGCAGCAAAAGAGACAUUUUUUUACUUGUCCAUUUGUGUAUCCUGCUUCUUCUCUCAUUUAAGAAAAAUGUAUUUUGUGUAGUCUUUUGUUUCAGACAUAAAGAUUUAAGCCACAAGUGGACUGUCCCUGCAUGAGUGAGUAUUGGCUUUAUCUUGCAGUGAUAUUCUAAUUCAUCUAUGUCCUUGCCACAUAUUAGGCCAGAUCCUACUCUGCCUUCCAUGACAGCCUUUUAAUUUGUGAUGGGAGUCAUGGGUGGGAUGUUAAUUUGCUUCUCAUGGUCUGUUGGCAAGUAGACUUGUACUGAAUGUAGUUGGUUAAGCUUAGUUAUGGUGGGAUACCACAGUAGGUGCAGGAUCUCAUACCAGAACUACAGUUUUAUUUUGGAAGAAAUGGACCUCAAGUCCCUGUUCCCUCUGGUGACCUGUUGUUCUUUCACUCUUGGAUGUUCUUCAUGGUUGAUGGAUUGAAUUAUUGUAUUUAGGCACCUUAACAUUGUCAUAUGGUGUCACCAUUCUUCAAGGUUUAUUCAUACAUUUAUUCACGUUAGCACCAGAAGGUUCUUCACGGCUUAUAAACACCUUCAUAUUUACUCUAACAAUUCAUUCUGACUUAAGUUUUACUCUCAACAUUGUAUUCAUGAACUUACCCCUUGACCUUAAAAGCUCAGGUUUUUGUUGCAUUGCAUUACACUCUGCUGCCAAUGAAUUGUACAGAUCUAGUGAAAGCCAAGUACAAUGAGUUUCAACAGUUCCAGGACAUGCUAGUCAAUUGUGAGGAAGAUCUCCAAUUCAUAGAAUGCAUAGUUGCACAUUUAGUUCGCAUUUUCUCUCUCUCUCCUCCAGUCUGCUUUUGCACAUAGUUAUCUUAUACACUCAUCUCCUCAAGCAUACACUUCUGUCAUAUAUGUGAAUUCUGGUAUUGAAUUUUAUCAUGAAUUCCAAAUUCUAAGCUCACUAUUGUCUGUAUAGCACUAUAGAUUCUCUACUCUUCCUAUUUUGCUUGCACCUACUCCAGUUUAAUUUUUGUUUAUCCCACUAAUGGACCUUCCUAUUUCUUAAUUCCAAGAUAUUAUUUUCUUCUACUCCCACCAUCAUUUAUGCAUAGGCAUUUCUUUCUUCUGUCUAAAGUAUCUUCUUUUUCUACCCAUUCAAUGUUGCCCUUACAUUUUCCAUUGUCUUGCUGUCCUAACUUCAUUUCCGUUCUACAAGGAAUGGGGAGUGUUACGUCAUAGUGUGUAUUGAACUGGUUUUGAAAUACAGAAGCAAGCAGUUACAAACUUUAUGACCUAAGGAUGUUUCCCUUACUCUGCUUAAGCCCCUACCUUGCAUUGAGGGUCAGUGGGUCGUGAUAUUAGAUGUACUAAAAGAUGUAUGCGUAUACGUACUCUAAUUACAUGUCAAGUUGUAGUAUUAAGAAUUUUCAUGAUUCCCACAAUGCCUUUUGUCAAACUUAUUAAAGAAAUUAAUGUCUUUUGAUGAGCAUUUGACUAAUAAACAGGACAUGCAAUGAAA